UGACAUCGAUGGUUUUCCAUCCCCAACACACACACACAUAUUUUCCCAGGUGGUAAAAAACGGAGAGAAAAUUGAGGAUUUCCACACGCUAGCAGACACAUUGCCUGCGAAAUAGCUGUCACUGCCACCGCCGCAGCAAUUUUCACGCGCUCCCGGCAUUAGGAAAUGAGCGCGCCGAGCAACAAAAUGUCGGCCACCGAUCAGAUGCGAGCAAUGCUGGACCAGCUUAUGGGUACGACGCGAAACGGCGACGAGCGCCAGCUGAAAUUCUCGGACACUAGGGUCUGCAAGUCCUUCCUGCUCGACUGCUGUCCCCACGACAUCCUGGCGUCCACGCGCAUGGAUCUCGGUGAGUGUCCCAAAGUGCAUGACCUGGCUUUCCGCGCAGAUUACGAGAGUGCUGCGAAGACGCGCGACUACUACUACGACAUCGAGGCCAUGGAGCACCUGCAGGCCUUCAUCGCCGACUGCGACCGGCGUACUGACUCGGCCAAGCAGCGCCUCAAGGAGACGCAGGAGGAACUGACCGCCGAGGUGGCCGAAAAGGCCAACGCGGUCCACGGCCUGGCCGAGGAGAUCGGCAAGAAACUGGCCAAGGCCGAGGCUCUAGGCGAAGCUGGCGAAGUCGAGGACAGCAUGGAGCUGAUGAAGGAGAUCGAAGAGCUGCGCGCCAAGAAGAUCAAGGCCGAGCACGAGUACCGCACCUCUAUGCCCGCCUCCACCUACCAGCAGCAAAAGUUGCGCGUCUGCGAGGUCUGCUCUGCCUAUCUGGGCAUCCACGACAACGACAUCCGGCUGGCAGACCACUUUGGUGGUAAGUUGCACCUCGGCUUCCUCACCAUCCGUGAGAAGCUGAUCGAACUGGAGAAGACGGCAGCGCCGCGCAAGGCUGAGCUGAAGCGGACGGGUAAGAUGACGGACCGCGACGACGAAGGGCGCGGGCGCAAUCGCUACUUUGUAGGUGGUCGCGAACUGGACCGCCGCUCCCGCGUGCAUCGUUCCCGGUCCAGGGAACGCCAGCGCAACAGAGAUGCGGAACGCGAGCGACCCAACAACGGCCGAGGACCGGACGAGAAGGGUGGCGAGCGGCCCAAGGAGUCGGCGGAAGGCGCAGAACGGCCCGAAAGAGCUGGAGAACGUGGUGGAGGGCGACGUGAUGACCGGGACAACCACGGCAGAGAUCAUCGCGAACGUGAACGCGAUGGCAGGCGGGAUCGGGAGCGUCAUGGACGGAACGACAGAGGUCGCUUUGGCGACCGUGGCGGCGGAGGAGGCGGUGGCCAUCACCGGGAGGACAGACGACGCUCACGCUCUAGGGAACGCUCGCCACGUGAACGACGAAACUUCAACCACUUCAGAGAUGGCGGUGGUGGUGGUGGUGGCGGGGGCAACGGCCAGCGCAGACGUUCCUACUCCCGCGAGCGCUACUCCCGCCGCUAGGAAUCCCACCCAGCGCACGUACGUAACAUUAAUCACAUCAACUACAACUACAAAGCCACCACAAAUUGAACUACUGAAAACAACAGCAACCGUAUAUUCAUAGUCUAAUUAAUAAAGCGACCUAAGCCACACUUUCGACGCUCCAAUGUGCAGAGACAACCUUUGUUAAUUUUUGAUGAUUUCUAUUUUUGAUCUUGCGUUCCCACUUCUUCUAAAGACCGAAUAAAGCAAAAAGCUGUUGCAUCCCCAUGUUAAAAGAACCCAGCCUAACCGUAAAACCCGAACCUAAAAGAAAAACUGUAAGAGAUACUAUAUACUCGAUAUGAUACAAUUGAAAUUCGAUACACCCCGUCCAGUCCAGAGUAUUUGGCAAGUAGAGAUACCCAACCAAAAAUAGUCAACCCAACGAAUCCGCAGUGUUGCCAAUUGUAGUUAAAUUCAGUAACUCGGGUAGGACAUAGAUAGAGAAAACUUAAUGAUUGAGACGCAGAACAGGCGUUACUUUUAAUAUUUGAUUAUUUGUGUGUUGUAUAGCUAGCUACAAUUUGGUAACACUGACUAAAAACUUAACAAAAACUAAACACACUCGACCAUGUACUCUUCUCAGCUAACGAUCACGUUCUCCCAGUAGAAGUCAACGUGUGUUAUGCAUCGAUGUCGUCCCGUUUUGGGGUAAGCCUCCACCAUAUAUAACUCUGACACUCUAUCACUGCUCUGAUCUGAUUUGAUUUGAUAUGAUUUGAUUUGAUUUGUAACCCCAAAGCGUUCUCUACUUGAAGUUCGACACUUUCGCAGCCGCUUAGCGCUCUCGCACAGCUUCGGUACGUAUUGAGUAUGGCGAGGUGACUAUAUCCAUUAUACCACCCAAUGUUAGUUGUUUUGGCAGAUAUGCGUAUUACAUAGAUAAUCCAGAUAAUAUAGCUUGGGUACGUAUCCAUUCCGGCCGACGUUUCCUUUCGAAUCGUCCCCAGAGAGUGUCGUUUAUGUAUUCGUUUUUUGGGUACGUAUUAAUGUUAGAAGAUCACGACUCUGUGGUACGUAUGCAUAUAACGACAUUGAUAAUUCCCCGUAAGCAGACCAGGCUUUGUAGGGUUCUCGGCGAUCCAGAUCCCAACGUACGUAUUCCUCCUCCUUUCUCUCUCUCUCUUGAAAACAAAUAAUCAAAAAUACAACCACCAUAAACAAAAUAAAAAUAAUAAUCUCGUAGCUAUUUAGAGGCAAACGAAAUCCGUUUUCUAACUAAAUCUCUGUUUAUCUUGCCAAAUGGUGCUUAAGCCACAGAAUCGAUGCUGCCACGGGGGCUCAGAUCAGUACAUGCCUAUAUGUGAGUAUUCGGGCCACUAAUCUCUGAUUAUAAUCAAGCAAAUACUAAAUGUAAUCAUCGAAGACGGCAGAACCCCUGUUGUUGGUUCGUUUCUAACGGCAGCCGAGGAAUUUAUAGAGGGAAUUGUGAGAGCAGUGUAAAGAGUUGUUUGUGUUUGGCCCUGACAGUGGGUAAGAAUCGUUCGAAACCGCUAACUGAUUUUCUAUCUACCUAUAUAUCUAUCUAUCAAACAAUACCUAUUGUUUUUAUCUACUCGUAAGUCAAGACACUGUUCUACACACUUUUAAGUUAUAUACCACACACUCAAAUAAGAUCUAAAUUAAAACUAAAUUAUGGAUCUAAGCGGAAUGUAAUAAAAUUGCACUUGAAUUAUA